AUGGCUUUCAAAUCAAAUAAAAUGUACUUACCAUUAUUCUCGAUAUUAAUUUACACGUUUGCUGGUUCGUGGAUACCUGCACCCGUCGAGUGUUCGAGAAUAUUAGCUGUGGAGACGGUUGGAGGUAAAAGCCACUGGAACUUUAUGAGCGCAAUUCUUCGGACGCUGGUGGACAAGGGACACAAUGUCACCGUGUUCACGCCGUUCACCGACGGAAACCGUGAAAACUAUACAGAAGUGUCCACGUUUACUAUCAAAUUUCUGGACGGCGAUCUCGAAGAUAUGAUGAAUAAAUACGGGAACUUAUUCAAAAUUAUGCGUGAGGUGCCAGAGUUGAGUAGAACCUUAUGCGACGUAGUUUAUCAAAAUACCAAAAUGAUAGAUGUGUUUGCCAAUAGACGUUCCGAUUUCGACGUGGUUCUAAUCGAACCAUUAUUCUCGGAAUGCGUGUCGUACGCCGCCAUCAAGUUGAACUUGCCGCUCAUAUACGUCCUACCAGUACCAACAAUGGGUAUAAUGGAACGUGCAUUUACCGGGCACAUGUCCAACCCCGCUGUAGUUGCUAAUGGCAUGGCGAGUUUUGGUUUUCCAAAAACAUUUGCCCAGAGAUCAGCCAAUAUUGUUAUUUCGAUUUACGCCGAAAUCGUAAACAAAGUAAAAGAACGGAUUCUGAUGUACAAAGAACCAAGAGAGUACGAUUUGUAUGCACCCAUCCCACCAUCUUUGGUAUUUGUAAAUAGACAUUUCACAGUCGAACCUGCAAGUUCAAUCCCGUCAAAUGUUGUUGAAAUUGGUGGAAUUCAUUUGAAACCAGCCAAGAAGUUGCCAAAAGUAAGUGCUGUAGUUAAGUCUUUAGUAUGUAAUCUAUUGGUAAUAUUUUUUGGUAAAGUAUAUCACCUAAAUUUACCUGAAUUUCAAAAAGAGAAUAUAAUAUAUUUUAUAAAUAGCCACUUUUAUCUUAUAUUUAUAAAAUUUGAAAAUAAAUCAAAAAUAUUAAUUAAAUGA